AUGAAAAGAAAUCUUGAAAAGCGGUCCAAGGGGCGGCGACUUUUAAGGCCACGUCUAGAAGUUAAAGAAGAGGAAGGAUUUGACAGAAGUGAUGUAAAAAAAGCGUUGCUAGAAUCAUUGUAUGAACAACGUAAAGAAGAACGUCGAAAAGAAUUGGAAAAAGAAUUGAAACGACGUGGAAAUCACGAAACAGAAAUAAAAGAGAAAGAAAAAGCAAAGAGUUUGGAAGUGAGAAAUAAGAGUGUAGCUGUAGUGAAGAGUAAAGAGAAAGUGAAGGCUCCGAAAGUGGUUAGUGAACAGAAUAUUUCGGACGAAGCGGGCACGUUUAUCAAGAAAGCUGAACAUAAGAAUGUAAAAAAAGAUCUGGACAUCGAAACAUUACCAUCAACUAGAGAUUUCAUCCGAUUCAUGUCAUUAGAUUACGCAGACGAUCCUGAAGGUAUACCAAAAGAAUUACGACAUUUUCGUACUCUUCCAUUAGUAUCGCUUCCGAAAUUGCCAUGUUCAUGUUUGGAUGUUGCUUCACGUGACGCUUGUUGGUUUCCGGCUCAAUAUCAACGGGUUGUUCUUAUUCUGAUUGAUGCCUUACGAUACGAUUUUGUUGCACCAUCUCAACCACAGCUUAAUAGUAGCAAUAAAGCAUAUUUCGGUUAUUUCUCGACUGUUGCUCGUUUACUCAACGAUUACAAAGAAUCAGCAGUUUUGAUGCAUUUCCGUGCUGAUGCUCCAACUACAACGAUGCAGCGUUUGAAAGCUCUAACCACUGGUUCACUUCCCACUUUUAUUGAUGUUGGUUCCAAUUUCGCAAGUACUGCAAUAGUGGAAGAUAAUUGGAUUGAUGAAAUUAUCGCAACAAAUCGAAGUAUUGUUAUGCUUGGAGACGAUACAUGGGUUUCACUCUAUCCAGAGCAGUUCAAACGUAGAUAUCAUUUGCCAUCUUUCGAUAUAAAUGAUAUUCACACCGUCGAUCAAAUGAUUUCAAAUAAUCUUUUCGAUGAGCUUGAAAAAUCGGAUUGGACUGUAUUGAUAGCGCAUUUUCUUGGAGUUGAUCAUUGUGGACAUAAAUAUGGUCCAGAUCAUCCUGAAAUGUCCAAGAAAUUAAAACAAAUGAAUAAAAUUUUGGCGCAAGUGGUCGAUUUUCUAGAUGAUAAUACUUUAUUGUUAGUAAUGGGUGAUCAUGGAAUGACUGAAAAUGGUGAUCAUGGUGGUGACGAACUAUUAGAAACCGAUGCUGCUUUAUUUAUGUUUGCCAAAAAGAAACUAAUUUUUGCGGAACCACCUGAAUCAGUUUCACAGGUUGACAUUGUGCCAACCAUCAGUUUGUUACUUGAUUCGCCCAUUCCAUAUUCUAAUAUCGGAACACUGAUUGAUUGCACCAUAGUACCGGAACACCGGGCAUUAGCUAUAAGCAGUAAUGCAGAACAGAUGAUGCGUUAUGGACGGACUAUUGUGGCAGAAACUCAGUUACCAGAGCUAGAUUCAUUGAUACGAAGCUUCGAGAAUAAUGGGAAUGUAGAAAACUCUAUUGACUACAUGCGGCGUUUGCAAGAACUUUUGCGUGCGUCAUGGACUGAAUUCAAUAGUAAUUUCAUGCGAAUCGGUUUUCUAUCAUUGCUUGAUACCAUAUUAUCAGUUUAUGAUUCACUUUAUACGGGAAAUUAUAUUGUUUUUGAAUCAUCGGUAAUACGUUUCCUGACGCAAGCUUUGGUUGCUGUUGGAUUUUGGCAGUCAUUUUCAAAUAGUUGGCAACGUUCACUUAUUCUCAUUAUAAUCAUUUUACUUUUGCGGCUAGGUAUUUUCUUUGAGAAAUGUCGAGAAGAGCAAGGAGAUGCAUGUAAAGCUUCAGUAUUUUCACAGUCAUUUUCGCAUGUCCCUCACGGUCCUAUAAAAAUAAUGCGUUUUAUGUUCGGUAUCCUAGUACAGAUUGUGGCUGCAUGCAUGGCGAAGAAAUUUCUACAAAGUUAUCCUUCCGAAAUUUGGACUUCAACAUUUAUUUUUCCAAUAACAGUUGCUACUACUUCUUUUUGGUUAUCUCUUUGGUUACCUGAAGAUACAUUUAACCAUUUUGCUCGAUUUUCCCUUGGUACUGCUCAGAUGGUUUAUGGAUUAUCGUUCAUCAAUUUAUUAAUUAUUUGUUAUCAUGCAGCUCGUAUAGGAAAAUUUUGGAGUCGAAAUGGUUGCACCAUAUCAUAUUUAAUUUGUAUAUCAUCUGUAUUAUUUCUAAUUCUUGGUGAUGGUCUAGCAUUCAGUUUCCUUUCAUUAAUUACAAUAAUCUUCCUUAUUCCGUUUAUUAUCGAUGACGAAUAUUACCAAAUAGUAUUUCUUGUUUUUCUAUCAUCGCACGGAUUUUUUUCUUUAUCACAUCAACCGACAUUCUCAUCAAUUCCUUGGCAAGCAGCCUUUGUGGGUGUUCCCGGUAAUUUUGCUAUCCAAAUAGUACCAGGUGCACUUGUUAUUGCGCAUAUUUUUGCAUCACAAAUCAUCACAAGCGUGGCGUUACCGAUGCUUGUCACGCAACAAAAUUAUCGACAAUCUGGCCUUUCACAUUGGACCUAUAAAUUAAUCUUAUUUCAUUCCUUAAAGGUCAAUUUAAGUUAA